UGGACGAUAAACGUGAAACUAUUGGCAAAAUAUAACGCGUUAUUAAAUAUAUUGUCGUUUAUGCGUAAAUAUAAUUAUCUUUUAAGUCAGUGCUCUUAAUAUUUAAUCUUUGCCCUGAUUAGGAACUGCUUAUGUUAUUUGUGCUAAAUUAAUCUUAAAUUUGAGUGAUGCAUGAGACAUGGAUUAUCGAGUGUAGAUAAUAGCUGUUCCUUGUUUCUGACUGUGCCACAUAAAUUGAUAUCAUCGUGAAAGGAUCACAUAUUAUCAAGAUGUGCGGAGGAUUCACCUGCUCUAAAAAUGCGCUGAUCGCGCUCAACAUUCUCUAUGUGGUGGUAGCUUCAAUCCUAAUCUCCGUAGCGGUGUACGGGCAGACCUCGUCCCUGGUGAACACCAACCUGCCCAUCCUCGGAGGCAUCCUGGCAUGCGGCAUCCUGCUCAUCCUGAUCUCUUUGCUGGGCAUGGCCGGAGCUGUCAAGCACCACCAAGUUAUGCUGUUCUUUUACAUGGUGAUUCUUUUCCUGUUGUUCCUGGUGCAAUUCUCGGUUGCCUGUGCCUGUCUCGCCGUGAACUCGGACCAACAGAAGAUGUUGGCUACACAGGGAUGGAAUAAAGUGAACACGGAGGUGAAAAGCCAGGUGCAGGAGAAGUUCCAGUGCUGCGGGUUCGAUACCAACGUUCCUCCCCUUAAUGCCACAUCUGCCUACCCCUCGUGUGAUGCUGUCAACAAGCUGUGCUGCAUGAACUCGCUGAAGGAGCCCUGCGCCUGCCCGCCGUGCGAGGAGAAGCUCAGCGAGCGCAUCGACUACGCCUUCAAGCUGUGUGGGGGCAUCGGUCUCUUCUUCAGCUUCACUGAGUUUCUGGGUGUGUGGUUGACAGUAAGAUACCGUAAUCAGAAGGACCCGCGCGCUAACCCCAGUGCAUUUCUCUGAAUGAUCCGCCGAUACGGACUCACGGCGUUUGCUAACUCGAGCUCUUCGCCGUGUGGCUCGCCCGCCGCUACCGCAACCAGCCUGACCCGAACUACAAGGAACCUCACGCUAUUUUCCCGAGGAAGAACUACUUAUACUGAGAAAAACCGAUAGUUUAGCCCUUUCACUGAAGGACUG